UGCGACGAAAUUAUCCCCGCAACAUCAGUCAAUAGAUGCCUAUCAAGCUGAAGGAAUCGCAAAUUUGAUCGAAGGUGCGGUUGCCACCAGUACUCGCACUCCAAUCGACCUCGAGCUUUAUUCGGCAACCGGUAAACAGCCUUCAUCAUGUCCACUCGUAAGACGAAGACAACUCGCUCUUCAGGACCUAUUAGAACUGAGGUCAGCUUCAGCACCACCUCCUCAUCGAAUGCUGGCGAUGAUUCCUUGUAAGUAUUGUUCAAUCUCGUCGCUUCUUGAAAACACCAGAACGCAAGAAAAAGAACAGCUCACAGGGCUCAACAGUCGUCUUGCCACUUAUAUUGAUAAAGUGCGUCAGUUAGAGGCCGAGAACAGCCGUCUCACCGUGCAGAUCAAGGACAUCGAAAUAAUCGAGAAGAAGGAAAGAAAUAACCUCGCUGAACGCUUUGAAGCCGAGCG